UUAAAAAUAAAAACGAUGUAAAGAAUCCCUUCAGAUAAAAUGCAGAAAAGCUAGAGCUAAAAUGUGAUUGGUCAAAACGCUGUCCAAUCACAACUUGUGUUUUCAUGACGUACCAAUCAUGGUAUGAAAAAUGGCGGCCUUGUGUAGUGAGUUUGGUGAUUUAGUUCAAAUAAAAAAACAACUGAUAUCUGUAAUAUCGCUUUGUAAAGAAAGAGGACUUGUACAUAGCGUGAAAUGGGCAUCAGAGUUGGCAUUUUCCCUGGACCCCCUGCCCAAGAAUGAACUACCCCCACCCACAUUUUUUACUGAGGAGGAUGCUCAGGACCUGGAUGCUCUCGGCCUGGCCAAGUCCUACUUUGACCUGAAAGAGUAUGACCGAGCUGCCUACUUCCUUCGGGGCUGCUGCAGUCAGAAAGCAUACUUCCUGUACAUGUACUCCCGCUAUCUGUCUGGGGAAAAGAAAAAAGACGAUGAGACAGUGGACAGCCUGGGGCCUCUGGAAAAAGGUCAGGUGCGGAACGAGGCUCUGCGGGAGCUGAGGGUGGAGCUGAGUAAGAAACACAGUGCUGGAGAGCUGGACGGAUUCGCUCUGUACCUGUAUGGGGUGGUGCUGCGGAAGCUGGAUCUGCUGAAGGAGGCGGUGGAUGUGUUUGUGGAGGCGACCCAUGCCUUACCUCUACACUGGGGAGCGUGGCUGGAGCUCUGUAACCUCGUCACCAACAUUGAAAUGCUGAAGUCCCUGUCUCUGCCAGACUGUUGGAUCAGAGACUUCUUCGUGGCCCACAUGUACACAGAGCUGCAGAUGAUCAAAGAGGCGCUGCAGAAAUACCAGAGCCUGAUAGAGGCAGGUUUCUCCAAGAGCACGUAUAUCAUGUCACAGAUCGCUGUGGCCUACCACAACAUCCGCGAUAUUGACCAGGCUCUGGCUCUGUUCAAUGAGUUGCGGGAGCAGGAUCCCUUUCGCGUUGAGAACAUGGACACAUUCUCCAACCUGCUCUAUGUCAGGAGCAUGAAGCCAGAGCUCAGCUACCUGGCCCACAACCUGGUGGAGAUAGACAAGUACAGGGUAGAGACCUGCUGUGUCAUCGGGAACUACUACAGCCUGCGUUCGCAGCACGAAAAGGCAGCCCUGUACUUCCAGAGGGCUCUGAAGCUGAACCCUCGCUGCCUGGGGGCCUGGACUCUGAUGGGCCACGAGUACAUGGAGAUGAAGAACACCUCCGCUGCCAUCCAGGCCUACAGGCACGCUAUAGAAGUGAACAAGCGAGACUACCGUGCCUGGUAUGGCCUGGGACAGACUUAUGAGAUCCUCAAGAUGCCCUUCUACUGCCUGUACUACUAUCGAAAGGCCCACCAGCUCAGGCCCAAUGACUCUCGUAUGCUGGUUGCUCUGGGAGAGAGCUACGAGAAACUCUCACAGCACGUCGAGGCCAAGAAGUGUUACUGGAGGGCGUACUCUGUGGGGGACGUGGAGAGGAUGGCCCUACUGAAGCUGGCAAAACUUCACGAGCAGCUUAACGAAUCUGACGAUGCGGCCCAGUGUUAUAUCAUAUACAUCCAAGACAUCUUCUCCUGUGGGGAGCAGCUGGAGCAUGCGGAGGUGAGCACGGCCCUGCGUUACCUGGGCCAGUACUACUUCAAAAACAAGCUCUAUGACGAGGCGUCACUCUGUGCACAACGCUGCUGUGACUACAACGACGCUCGUGAGGAAGGCAAGGCUCUGCUCCGACAGAUCUCCCAGGUCAGAGACCAGACGGAGUCCUCAACCACAGACCUGUUUGGGCCGCUCUCCUCCAACAACACUCCCAUCAGGAGGGUGUCCCCCCUCGACUUGUCCUCCUUCACCCCCUGAGACGACACCUCCUCUAUCCCACUGGCUAGCAAAAAGCCCCGCUUCACUUUGACUCAAUGGGGACAACCUCAUCUCUGCAUUGUCAUUGAAGAGAUUGUUUGUAAAUGACUACCCCUUUUAUCUCUCAAAAUAAAUGUACAUAUUAUCUGUGUAAGUUUACGUAGUGAAGUGCAGGAGUUGCCACUUUUGAAUAUGAAAAUGCAAUGAACUAACGGUCUGAAGUGUCAGUGGAAACAGCAUGGAGAAUAAAUUCAUUUCUUUCCAAGAUUGGUGCAGUAGUAACUAGAUUAUAUCCCCAACAAUCAUUUGUUGACUGAGGAACAAAGACGAGCUGUAUUAAGACUUUUUUAAAUGGACAAAAUGAGGACGCAAGACAUGUGAGAAUGUGAUUUAAAAUUGAUUGUGUAACAUGCAAUUGAGUAGGAACUAAUGUGCAAAAAGACCAGUUGUAUGCAAUCAGUCAUACAACUAGAAGCUCCAAUGUUAUCCUGCAUUUUGACAAACAUUGCUCAUUUAUUCAGACUGUAAAUGUGUUUAAUACUCAAACAAGAUAGUUGAAGUCCUCUACAACCUCUCUUCGGGGAGCCCCAGCUGUUCCAUGUAUAUGAUCUAUACCUGAUUCCACUUGUCAACUAAUCAUUGAGACACUUGAAGCAGGUGUGCUAGUUCAGGAUUGAACUGUCUAGGGGUCCACAAGGAGAGUUGAAGCUCUACAAAAACACAUUCUAUAGGAAGACACCUUUGUGUGUGUAUAUACAGUAACAUUUGGAAUAAAGUGACAUAUUUGAAACGUGC